AUGUCUUCACCGACCCAUUAUCUUAUUUCAGCGCCAGGCAAAGUUAUAUUGUUUGGUGAGCACGCAGUUGUUUAUGGAAAGACGGCAAUUGCUGGAAGUCUUGACGGACUUCGCACUUAUAUACUUUUUGAAAAGAGCGAUGAUGGUCUCUUAGAAUUGAAUUUACCGAAACUUGGUCUUCACCUUCCUUUAAUAUGGCCGAUUUCUGCUCUUCCAUAUUCCAAGGUAGCUGCGGUUAGCAAAGCUACAGAUAAUAAUUCUUCGCAAGAAUUAGCAUUUAACGAGGAGCUCUUAAAAGAAUUAAAACCAAUUGUUCUUGAUGGCAACGCUAAAAAUAAAGAUAUUCAAGAAAUUAAUGAAUUACAACAAGUGGCGGCUUCAGUCUUUCUUUACCUUUACACGAGCUUAGAGGAUAAACAAAAUUCAUGGUGUGGGAUGAAAGUUCACGUCACUUCCGAUUUACCAGUGGGAGCUGGAUUGGGAUCAUCCGCUUCUUAUUCAGUUUGUUUAGCUACAGGAUUAUUACUUGCUUUAGGUCAUAUUCCUGUUCCUAACUCUAAUGAAGGAAAUACAGAUACUAGCUUUUCAGGUUAUUCUUCUCCAAUGAACUUAAUAAAUCGUUGGGCAUUUCAAGCCGAAAAGGUGAUUCAUGGUAUUCCCUCAGGAAUUGACAAUGCAGUAGCUACUUAUGGUGGUGCAGUGUCAUUUACAAAAGGUGAAAUGGAAAAUGUGAUAGGAUUUCAAUUACUUCGAUUCCUAUUAACUAAUACGAAAAUAUCUCGGGAUACUCGCGCUCAAGUUGCUAAAGUUCGCGUGUUGUAUGAUAAAUAUCCACAUAUUGUCGAUCCUAUAUUAGAAGCCAUUGAGGGUAUGAGCCUCUCAUUUAAUGAAAUAGAACUUAUUGAUAUAAAUCAUUAUUUAUUAAAUUCCUUGGGAGUGGGACAUUCAUCUAUUGAUCGAGUAAGAGAAAUUACCGCACAGCAUUCAUUACAUUCUAAACUUACUGGAGCUGGAGGUGGAGGUUGUGUAUUAACUUUACUUAGAGAUGAUAUUACAAGUGAUGAAAUAACGAAAAUAAAAUCGGCUUUAGCAUCAUUAGGAUUUGAAAGUUUUGAGACGCAAGUUGGAGGAAAUGGAGUUAGCGUGAUUGAUUCUUCAGUUACUAUAAGUAAACAAGAAUUUCUAUCAUCCGAAAAUAUACAACAAAAAUUUUCUGUUUGGAAGCAUUUUACCUAA